AAUAAAGGAGAUAUCAUUAACUCGAUAAUGCAAUCUAAGUAACAUUCCUCUGAAAAGUGAGGGCAGAGGGUGAAUGAUCGGUUGGUUAGCUCAGUGGGAGAGUGGACUGUUUGCACUCCUUAUACUGAGUAACACAGUGGUCAAUAGUGUGUGUGUGUGUGUGUGUGUGUGAGUGUGUGUGUGUGUGUGUGUGUGCGUGUGUGUGUGUGUGUGUGUGUGUGUGUAAGGGAAAAAGAGAUCUGGACUAAAAGAAGAACAGUGACAUAAAAUGUUGAAUCCUGAGGUCAAAGGUCAGAUGUGUGAGUCACAUGGUUGAAACCAGGAAAAGGGGAAGUGAUAUCAAACCACAGUCGCUUCCUUUGUCCAUGCAGUCGAGCAGACACACAGUUCUCUCGACCUGAAAGGCAGCAGCUUAUCAAAGAUGAUAAGAAACCAAGGGGAACAGCUAUUCUCCAAUGUCUCCAGAAUUGAUGACUGUCAAAGUGGAAUCUCUGUGGAGUUCUUCCUGCAUCUUUCACUCUUACCAUCAGUGGUGAUUGUAGGGGUGCUGUCGUUCCUCCAGAAAAGACCCCAGAAAUUUGCCAUUGACCACAGACUGGCCUUCCUAAAGGGGCGUUUUGCUAUUGUAGUGCCUUUGGAUACUAUAGGCAGCCUCAGUAAUCGAUGGUCCUAUGGCUUCGCAUAUGGUGCAGUUUCCAGCAGUGUCCUGCUGCUCUUCUCUGAACGUUACCUCCUCUUCGAUGUCCCAAACUGGGCCAGAGCUAUAGUGUAUCUGAUUGGAGCUUUAGAAGUGGGCCUGGCAUAUUUCCCUUUCUUUGCCUGUUUGUCCACACCAUUCAGAAUGGUCGGAGCAGUGCUGGGAAUACUCUACUCUGUGGGCUGGAUCAUCGUUACAGUCUGGGAUACAUUCACCUGUCCCGACGGUAAGAUUUUGGGGAGAUACCAGAAGAUCAUUUCCCAGUGGCCCUGCAUCCUCUCCUUCAUUUUCCUCCUGGGACGAUUUCUUUAUAUACUGAUUAAAGCUGUUCGAAUACGUCUGCAACUGGAACCAGAGGACCCUGAAGAGCUGAAUGAACAACACCAGGUCCAGCAUGUUAAGAGACUGCUGAGGAAAACACAGAGUAGGCCGCUCACCUGGUUCGAGAGGCGAGUGUAUGACUGGGACCCUUACUUCAAGUUUCCCAACAGGCUCAUUGGCACUGCAAUUAUUUCCCUUAUAGGCCUAUAUAUGAUGACACUUGCGGACUACAGCCUCAGUGAUGUUGCUUUUGACCAAGUAGAGAGGUGGAAGAAUACACUACAACAGCUGGUGACCUCCUGUAACCAAACCGAGCCUGUGGAAGUCAUGAUACCACAGCUGGAAGAAUUCCUUGACGUGGCCAGGAUAUCCUGGCUAGCCACCACCAUCUUUGCCAGUCUCAACUCUGUUGCCUACACCUUCCAUAUUUUAGUAUGUUACAGGAAACACUUGAAGAGAUUGUGGAAAGGACAGAAGAGUUUUAUCCCUGAGAAGUUUCACAAACCUCGCUCUGCUGUCAGUGUGGCUUCCAUUGCAAGAUACUCUGGGUGGCAAAUAGCUUUUACACUGUGGGGGUACCUGAUAGUCCAUUUUGUCUACUUCCUCUUUGCUAUGCUGUUAGCCUAUGCGCUGAUUCUUCCUGUAUUGCAUGGAAAUGUGGUGGCCAUGCUGAACACCCUGGGAACAAUACUUCUGACCAUCGCUCUGGUGAUCGGCCUGGUGAUUCUCCAGGUAGCUAUGGUUCAGAUCUUCUUCCUUCAGAACAAAAUGUCUCCCACAGAUAAGGAGAAACCUCUGGCUCUCAACAACAGGAAGGCGUUCCACUGCUUCAACUACUUCUUCUUCUUCUACAAUGUGGUGAUGGGAAUCAGCACCUGCAUACUGAGACUACUGUGUAGCAUAGUGGUGGGAACAUGGCUUGUGUCCCGUAUAGACCGAACCAUAAUGCAGAGGGGAUAUGAAACCAUGGAUGCCGGUUACAGUACAUGGAUUGGGAUGAUCUUUGCUGACCAUUAUCAUAACAACCCAGUCAUGGUAUGUUUCUGCCAGCUGCUGAUCUCCAACAAGCUGGAGAAGCACCACACAUCUGCAUAUGCCACAUUCAGCGAUGCUAUGCCAGAAUCCAAUGUUAAUAACCGGGCGAGGAGGCGUUGGGUGUUGUUUUAUACCUUAUUGAAGAACCCUCGUCUGAUCCUACUCAGGAAGCACCACCUCUCUGCAUCUUCUUCAUCGUCAUCACCAUCCCAAUCUGCCCCAUCAGAAACUGUGGUACGGGCUUGCGUCAUGGCAUCUCAAACACAGAACAGCCUAACAGGGUUGCAGUCACUACCAGAGAUCACAGUCACACCAGCAGAAGAUUGUUAAGAAAAGCACUUCCAUAGAUUCUGGCCUCAAACAUGAAUGCCAUGACCUUCAGUGGUUUCUUUAAAUGUUGCAGAGAAAAAACUGUGGGAUUUUCAGUGAGUCUGCUUUGAAUGCUAUCCUUUUUCAUAAGCCAGUGGAUCUGAUGUUAUUUGUCACCUGGGUCAUUCCGUGUUAACUCAGCAAGAUUGGGGGAGAUCAGCUGCUUGACCAUCUCAGAAUAUCUUGAAAGUUUGUAGGAAUGAUCUGCCCAUUUAUUUUGGCUGAAAUUCCCAAAUUUUCCCUAUGUUUCACCCAGUGGAAAGUGCUGAUAAAAUCAAGUGUGAGUUGGCAAUUGGAUGAGAGGCCACUUUCAGAUGUUCUUAUCUCUUGACACAUACGUCCUAAAGUCUUCAAACUUUCAGGAGAUGUUCAGACGUUUCUGGUGACUUCACUUUUGCUUAAGAUCUCUCAAAUUAAGGAUUUAUUUAGAAAUCAUUAUCAAAAAGUUGGAAAAUAUAUGUCUAAUACAUAGGAUCUAUUUGAUCAAUUUAAUUGUGAGAAUAAUAUCUGAAUGACAUUACUAAUGCUUUGAAAGCUUUCAUAUGUUAAUAAAAAUGGGAGUCAUGGCCAAUUAAAGUUGACACAGGUAAAAAAAAAGUCAUUAAUUUUCAAACGGCCAGAUGGACAUCUUGAAUUAUGCGUAGGCUGAUGAAAUUUAGAAUAGUAAGAGAUGGAAGUAUCAUCUACUUGUGUGCCAACUUUCGCUGAGUUGACAUGGAAUGACCCACCUACAUCAACAUCUUCAAGGAACUUUCUGACUUAAGACUUACAGGACAUACUGUUGACAAUGUGAUUGUAUUAGGUCACCAGUUUGUCAACUCAGAAUAACAUACUUUAAAAAAAAAAAAAAAAAAAAGGUAAUCCAGAGUAAUAUACUGAUUUGGGUUUAAUUUAAUAAGAUUGUGAAUACUAGUGGCACAGAAUAAUUGCAGCAGUUUAAGUGGUUUCAUAGAUUUGUGUUGUCUGUAAUAUGUAAGCUUGUAUUUGACUUGUUCAUUACUGGUCAGAACUAACGCAUUAGCUGUAAAUUUUAAAAUGUGAAUUUAAGUGAAAUUUCUGCUGCUACACUGUAUGUAAACACUGUCAAGGUUUGUACAUAAUCACAACCACUGUCUAUUCUGGAUAUGGAUCUGGUGCUUUGCAGCUGGGUAUUUUUUUUGCAAAGUUUAUUUUAUUUAGAUUAUGUGUGCAAUGCUACACAGCAAUUCUGCUUUUUUCUGGGUUUGUAUUGUGAAAUCUAACUGGUUAUAAACAUUUAUGCACAACCUUUGUAUAUUCUCAAUAAAUAUUUGGUUGCAAUAAA